CUGCGCGUGUGUUUUUAUCGUUUUAGGUGAAUGAUAUCCUUGCCUUCUCAGGACUACGGUUGAUCAGUCUAAGAAGAACAGAACCGCGUUAAACACAGCUGCGGUUCCGCAAUAAUCUGGGUACAUUUCAGCUAGUACCUAUGCAUCUUAUUUCAGACAUACCCCCCUUACCCCCGCCCCCCGAGGGUUGGCCUGUCAGCGAGAUCAGAGCAGCAAAAAGUUGCGCCGCGGAGGACUUAUACGAUGAAUUAACUAUUCAUCUCUGCGGCGUCUUCAGCGCAUUGCUCGACCGAAUUGCUACUGGAAAAGCGCACCUCGAGCUCCUGAAGCUCAACUCGACACUAGAGAGCUAACACAACACUUCAAAAAGUGAGCCCUGUCUUACAGACCAUUUCACACUUUUAAUAU